AUGGCAAAAAAGAGAAAGGCCCCGUCCGGUGGCGCAUCCAGAGACAAUGUCGCAGACGAUUCGAACAAACGCACAAAGAUGCGCAUCAAGACCUACGAAGAUGUGGCGGGCUCCGACGACGAAUUCCACAUCAACCGCGACAAAAUCAUGCUCGACGAUGGGCCCGAGGCAAAGAGGAGGAGAAAAGUCCAAGAAGAUGAGGAAUUUCUGCAACAGUCCGACGAGGAAGUUUUAGGAUACUCGAGUCCUUCGGAAGCUGAAGAUGACGAUGAGGAUGGCUAUGAAGAGGAAGAGCUUGAACAAGCACCGGCUAAGAAGUCAAGGAAGGAUGCACAGGACGAGGAAGAUGAUGAGGAUAUGGGCGCAUGGGGUGAAUCCAAGCAAGACUACUACAAUGCCGACGCCAUCGAGACAGAGCAGGAUGCACUGGACGAAGAGAAGGAAGCUUUGCGCUUGCAAAAGAAGCAAUUGCAGGCCAUGAGCGCUGCCGAUUUCGGAUUCGACGAGGCCGAUUGGCAACAAGAAGACGAGAACGCAGACCAAGAUGGCGACGUCGUCACAGAAGUGCUGCCUCAACUCGAGCUGGAUGACAACUUGGCCCCUACCGAGCGCCUCAAGCUACUCAAGACACGCUACCCAGAGUUUGAGCCUCUGAGCAAGGAGCUGCUCGCUCUGCACCAGACAUACCAGGAUCUUUCGUCUGUGGAAUCGCCAAAUCUCGCUGUUCAAACCAAACAGCAAGCCGCUGCCGCCUACCUCGCCUCUCUCACCAUGUACUUUGCCCUUCUCACAUCUACCGCUCAGGACAAGCAAACAAAAGGCCUCGCUCUAUCUGCAGCUACUAUCCGCGACCACCCCGUCAUGGAAAGUCUGAUCCAAUGUCGCGAUCUCUGGUCACGCCUCAGAGACCUCCCCGAAGACGACUCAGAAGACGAGGAAUCUGCCCUAGACGAAGCCGAAGACGAGGAAAUGAGCGAAUCAGAGGAAGAACAAGCCCCCGUCACCAUCCUGCCCAAGAAAGUCAAGAAAACAGCUGCAGAGCGUGCCGCAGACGCAGCAACAGCAGCAACAGAAGCCCGCCGCGCCGAACGCCUGCGCAAGACUGAAGCAGACUUUGGCGACCUGGACGCCCUCCUCACUUCUCGCCCCAAGAAAUCUUCUUCCAGCAAGAAGAAGUCUCAAACAGCAGCAGACGAGAACGAUUCAGACCUCGGCGAAGACACUUUCCUCACAGCCGAAGAGCUCGCCGAAAAAGCCAAGCGCAAAAAGUCCCUCCGCUUCUACACCUCUCAAAUCGCGCAAAAGGCAAACAAGCGCGGUGCAAAGGUACAAGGUGGAGACGAAGAUGUACCACACAGAGAGCGUCUGCGCGACAGACAAGCCCGCCUCAACGCCGAAGCAGAAGCAAGAGGCAAACGCUUCGACCGCGACACCCUGGGCGAAGACAGCGAAGACGAGCACGACCGCGCCGUUGCCCGCGACGUGCGCGGCGAGAAGAACCUCGACAGCGAUGAAGACUACUACGACAUGGUGGCCUCCAAAGCCGCAAAGAAGAAAUCCGACAAAGCAGCCGAAGCAGCCGCAUUCAGAGAAGCAGCAGCUUCAGGCGGCAGAGUCAUUGAAAAGGAGGAAGUGGGUCCUGACGGCAAGAGAGCCAUCACCUACGCAAUCGAAAAGAACAAGGGUCUCACGCCGCACAGAAAGAAGGAUGUGCGCAACCCGCGUGUCAAGAAGCGCAAGAAGUUUGAGGAGAAGAAGAAGAAGCUUGCUUCCAUCAAGCCUGUCUACAAGGGCGGCGAAGGUAGAGGUGGCUAUGGUGGUGAACUCACAGGUAUCAAAAAGGGACUGGUCAGGAGUACAAAGCUCUGA